CGAACACGAUUCUCACUUCCUUUUCAGUUUUAGGUCUCCUCUCGUGCUGAUCUGCUAUGCGUGGGCUACAACGAUAAUAAGUUAACUUGUUAGCUAACUUGCCCCUUGAGGGAUAAUUGUUGCAUCCAAAAUCUCCUACUCGCAUAACCAAAUUGCACAGAAAUAUUUAGGACAUGCCGAACAUCGUGCUUUUCAGCGGGAGCUCCCACCAAGACCUGUCACAAAAAGUGGCUGAUCGCCUCGGACUGGAAUUGGGGAAAGUGAUAACGAAGAAAUUCUCCAACCAAGAAACAUGCGUGGAGAUUGGGGAGAGCGUGCGCGGCGAGGACGUCUACAUUGUGCAGAGCGGCUGCGGCGAGAUCAACGACAACCUGAUGGAGCUGCUGAUCAUGAUCAACGCGUGCAAGAUCGCCUCGUCGUCCCGCGUCACCGCCGUCAUCCCCUGCUUCCCCUACGCCCGGCAGGAUAAAAAAGACAAGAGUCGUGCUCCCAUCUCAGCCAAGCUGGUGGCCAACAUGCUGUCUGUAGCCGGCGCCGACCACAUCAUCACAAUGGACCUCCACGCCUCGCAGAUCCAGGGAUUCUUCGACAUCGCCGUGGACAACCUGUAUGCAGAGCCCGCGGUCCUCCAGUGGAUCCGGGAGAACAUUCCAGAGUGGAAGAACAGCUGCAUUGUGUCCCCUGACGCUGGAGGAGCCAAACGAGUGACCUCCAUCGCUGACCGUCUGAAUGUGGAGUUUGCCCUCAUCCACAAGGAGAGGAAGAAGGCCAACGAGGUGGACCGCAUGGUCCUGGUCGGAGACGUGAAGGACCGCGUGGCCAUCUUGGUCGAUGACAUGGCCGACACCUGCGGUACCAUCUGCAAAGCUGCUGAGAAAUUGAUUGAUGCCGGUGCGAUCAAGGUCUAUGCUAUCCUCACGCACGGCAUAUUUUCCGGUCCGGCCAUCACGCGCAUCAACGAUGCUCCCUUCGAGGCCGUGGUGGUCACCAACACCAUCCCCCAGGAGGAGAAGAUGAAGUCGUGCCCAAAGAUACAGAUCAUAGAUAUAGCCAUGAUCCUGGCCGAGGCGAUCAGGAGAACCCACAACGGCGAGUCGGUGUCCUACCUCUUCAGCCACGUUCCCUUGUAAAGGAUGGCCACGAGCAGAGGCCACAGCAGCCAUUUCCUCUCCUCAUGGUCCAAUCAGCUCGCACCUUCAAUGACCCCCGCCCUCCCGGAAGUCCUUAAACCCUGACGGUUGGGGCCAAUUCCACGUGACCGAUUCCCGAAGGCCACGCCCACUUUCCCAGCUCCGUUGUUCUGUGUGGAGACCCAAGAAAGAGUAUCACCUCCUCUGAGACCAGCAAGUUUCUAUUUAUGCGUAUUACCAUGUUAACAUUUCCUUACUGUGUUUGUUUCAAUAUCAUGCUUUGCCAGCCUUGCCACCCAAGGGAUCUGGCUGUCGUUUUAACCGAAGGUCCAUUGCCUAACGAUGUUCCUGUUUGUUUUACCUCAUUUUCCUUCCAUUUCACUAUAAAUGAAAGCAUUCCAUUGUGUGAUGUCACUUCUUGAUUCAUCUGACUGUUCUAACCUGCUCCGUGGAGAAUCUGCAACGCUGUUGGUUUUAGAGGCACCUUUGUUUCAUCAAUACACGCCGAUUACCAAAUACCAGGGUCUUAUUCACUAGACUAAAAACGGUAGCAAAUGGGGAGGGACUAUCUGUACAAUAAGAAAUGCCUGUCUUCAUUUUCUGUUGUGGGAUUUUUUGCUACGGUGUGUGCUAAUCAAUGCCACCAAGGGUUGUUUAGUUAUCAACAGCUGAUUUGUUUUUGAUUUCUUUAACCAGCAACAUUUUGGUUAGUGUGGGACUUUUUUUCUCAAAAAAAUCUGGAGUAGAGGCUGUAUUUGUUCAACCAACAAAUAGAUUCCUACAUAAUGUUUAAGCAUCUAGCAUUGUCUUCUUAACGUCCCAAUAUUGUAUCAUGGAAUUCAAUUUGAGAUAUGAGGGAGACCGUUGUAAGCAUUUCCACAAUUUCUGGCAUUCUAGUUAAAACAUUAUUUCAUUAGUGCCACGUAACAAGGCCAAAUCUGAUUUGCCAUUUUAGUUUCCUUCAUUUAGUAUGCCCCUGGUGGUGCACUCCCUCUUGUGACGGACUGGUGUCAUUGCAGGGCCUCAUGCUCACUUUCGUAUUUCUGAUUUACCAUCUUGAAGUUGCUCAUUUACUAAAACUCCAACACCACUACUAAUCUCCUGCUGCCCAGUUUUUCAAAAGUUAUAUUUUCAGAUUUCGGCAAUCGGAUAGGAUGAAAUUAAUAGAACGGGUAUCCAAAUUCAAGUCAAUGAUACACCCGUUGUAUUUAUGUCAAUUUAAUCCGAUUGCUGAAAUCCGAUCCGAUAACUUGGAACAACUGGGGACAGUACCUCCUAUAUAUCAAGUUUAUCCAUCUUCUCAAAGGGUGAUUGGUCGAAGAACCCACACCCAUAAGGUCAUGAAGUAUAAAAAUUAUACUUUCCUCGUGUCUUGAAUGUUUUUUUUGUUUUUUUCCCAAGUAUUAGUUGAGAAAAAAGUUCUAAUGUAUGAGUAACUCCUCUGCGUUCAUUUUCUCCUGUUGUACGGUGAGUGUGCGCCAAAGGCAGUCUUCAGAAUGAAUUAGCGGAUGGGUUGAAAACUGCUGGUGGACAGGCAGCCACAUGUUUUUUUUUUUUUUUUUUUUACACCACCAGGGUUUUCAUUGACAAUAAAAACUUUGACAAUGACAUUACGUAAUGCUGACUGUCUCUUCUUUGACCUUUGGUUACUGAGGAUCCUCAGAUGAAUUGUUAGACAGUACACUGUUAUUUUCCCUAUGGGGGGGGGGUUGUGUGAUCCCAUUGGAAGAUGUGAGUAAUUAGGUGACCAUUUGAGGAGCAUGUGUUGCUACUCAUUGCACCAUAAUCUUAUUGCAGUGCCAUGUGAGAGCAAGGACCUUGGUUGAAUUAAUGUUUGUCAAUUGCAGGUCUUUAGGAAGGCAAGUUCACCAAACUGGGCGUGCAACACUACCGCCCAAGCACCAUCUAGGAUCAGGUCCUCCCUGACCAUGUAAUCUUAUUAAUUGUGAUCUAAAAGGCUAAACUGGUACUAGAUCAGCACUCCUAGUCUGAGACUCUUUGCCCUGGACUCCCAUCCAAGGACCAACCAGAACGAAUAUCCUUGUUUAGGCUCAGACUGAGACAACUGCCAACACGGGGAUGCUUGUUGGUGUGGCUGAUGGCUACAGACAUAUAUAUAUAUAUAGUAUGUGUGUGUGUAUAUAAUAUAUAUAUGCCUACUACCCUGACGGUCAUUUUUUAUUCCUUAGUGAUGGAUCGUGGCUGAUGAAAAGAUCCAUAGCUGGCGUCCACGUGCUUAUUAGGUAUUUAAUCUGAACCAGGCCAAACUAUCACGUAACCAUAACAACAUACUUCACAAAGGAUCAUCAGGUGAAAAUAAGACACAAGUGCUAUUAGAUAGUUGCAAUAAUUAACAAUAGAUACAAUUUGCCAGUGGGAAUAAUCAUAUGCGUUUGUUCAUAUAGAAACUACUGGAUCGAACAGAGUUAAUAGAAGGGACAUGUUUUUUUUCUCUCUUUUAGAAAUCAAAGGGUGUAAGAAAGUCACAUGAUAAUGGUGAUAAAUACAGUAUGUGAUACCUCAAUUUUCCGACAGGUGGCGUCUUGUGCAUACUUCUCUGUGGUGCCUGAAACUCGGUGAAUAAAGUGAUUAAAAACACAUCUGUGAAAUUUUGGACACGUAUCACGUCUCCAUAAUUUGUUCAAAUUCCCGCGUUGAAAAAUGAGGUUCACAUGUUGUAUUCUAAUUUUAAUAUAGCAUAUAUUUAAUUUCCAAAUCGCUCCUGGAUGGAAGCUGUGUGAUGACGUCAAACUCAUUUGCAUAUUGCUCAGUAUAUCUCCUAUGCUUGCGCAAAGGCGGGACACACUGCUGCAACGCGAAGCCUGGAGAAGUACAAUUAGUCAAUCAGUCCCAACUUUGAUUCUUCGCAAUCAUGUCUGACAAGCCAAAUCUCGAGGAGGUCGCCAGCUUCGACAAGACCAAACUGAAAAAGACCGAAACGCAGGAGAAGAAUCCGCUGCCGACUAAAGAAACCAUUGAACAGGAGAAGCAGGCGUCGUGAAGACCAUCCCUCCGUCAUGCACUGUACACCCCCUCCUCCUGCAUUGCCUUCUUUUCACUCACUUCUUUUUAGCUGUAUAACUUGUCAAGAAAAAACCGACCAACAACACAAAGCUGCACUGCGAUGGAUGACCAUCCAUGUCCAGGAGCUGACCCCGCCCCUCCUACCACCUCCACCAAUAGAGGAGCAGGCCCUCGCCUAGCCAGGCCAGGAAUGAGGAAGUACUACCAACCAACCAGGGGCGGUACGGUGAACGGUACCAAAGUUGUCGGGUGUGGUGUCCAAACAUCAACACGGGGUAGAGAGGGCUACAGGAUGUGGGCGUGGCCUUGGAUCUAGGAAGUUGCGUCUCUCGUUCGACAUCCUAUUUCCUGUGUGGCCUCUUGUCGACCUGGUAACACACGCCCCAACGGUCUCCGGCUUUUUAUAUUUUAGUUUCGGAAAAAUGCAAAAUCUUUUUUUUGUUUUUACACUGGUAAUAUGAUUAACAUACCCAUCGGUUAAUACAAGUUUUCUGUCAGAUAUUUUUUUAUCGAACCAAGGAUGAAAAAACAUAAUCCAUCUAGUCUUGGGAGAUACUCGUGUGGACUUUAUUUACGUCGAUGUUUUUAAAACGUUUAUUGUACGGUGACCUUUUUUAUCGAUGUGAUUUGGGAAAGCUUUUUGUGUUGCACCCUGUCUCUGAAUUGUUUAAUAUUGUAAGGAAAAAAGAUCAUUACUGGAAAUUAAUUCCAUGUGUUCUGCAGUCGAUCAAAUUAUUUGGAGUUUUCUAAAUUCCCAGCAGUCAUGUUAAUCUACCACAUACCAUUACCAAGAAUGGAAACAGUGAAAUGUUGUAAUAAAAAAACAAUUUGUUUCUAUGAA